ACUUCGAAUGGUGACACCCAACUGGUGAUUCAACUACCGCCAGUCUGUACUUUUUUAGUUGACGAGACAUUCUUGCCGAAGCUGCAAGGCGAUUCACUGUUGAAGUGUUGUUAAUUAAAUUUCUUUGUUGUCUGCACCUUUUAAAAGGAAAGGAGCAAUUUUUUACCUCCUUAUGUAUAGUUCAUCGUGAAAUCUUCCUUUUUUGUUACAAUGACCCGACCUGCUGAUCACAAGAAACUUGUGAUAACAGAAAUUGGACUCAUAUGAUAAUUUCAAACAGCUUGAUGAAGUAAAGCCAAGUGAGACUUCCCGAAACUGAUCAGUGUGAGUCAAUCUGAUAUACAUCAAAGAAGAAAAAAACGUGACUGGAUAUCAUGGACUAAUAGGCAGUAGUAUGUGGCCGAGAUUAAGACGAUCUCGUCGCCUAUCGGCGAUCAUUUCCUUGAUCAUUAUACUCGCUGGCACGCUUCUUAUUUGGUUUAGGAAUGGAGGGAGGAGUAUUGAUCGACAGGAUGAUUUUUUCUCAUUACGAUCGCAUGGUGAUCAGAAAGAUUAUAUUGAUCGUCGGGGAAUUCAUGUAGUAGUUGGUCAUUACAUAGGGGAUUCUGUAGAUUCGUUGAAAACUCCAAAUAUUACAAAAGAUCUGAUUAAUCAAAAUUUAUUCGACCCAAAACCACUUGAAGGUAAAAAUGGAGAACCUGUAGUAAUACAUCCAAAAGAUUUUUACAAGAUGCAGCAGUUAUACCAAAUUAAUCGAUUUAAUUUAAUGGCUAGCGAUAGGAUACCAUUAAAUCGGUCUUUACCCGACGUUAGAAAAAAGAGGUGCAUCACGAGAUAUGCAAACUUAGGUAAAUUACCGAAAACAUCGAUCAUCAUAGUAUUUCAUAACGAAGCAUGGAGCACACUGUUAAGGACAGUGCAUAGCGUCAUUAAUAGAUCUCCGAGAGAAUUGCUAGAAGAGAUUAUUCUUGUCGAUGACAAUAGUGAGAGAGAAUUCCUGAAGAAUCCUUUAGAUGAAUACAUGGAUAAAUUGAGCAUACCCACAAAAGUUUUGCGAUCUCAUGAACGUAUAGGAUUAAUAAAGGCAAGACUCUUGGGAGCGAAUGAUGCUAAAGGUGAAGUUCUCACUUUUCUCGAUGCUCAUUGCGAAUGCACGGUUGGAUGGUUGGAACCGCUACUCGAGGCAGUUAGUAAAAAUGCAACGAGAAUCAUCUCUCCAGUAAUUGACAUCAUAAACGAUAAUACGUUCAGUUAUACAAGAUCAUUUGAGCUGCAUUGGGGUGCAUUCAACUGGGACUUACAUUUUCGCUGGUUAACUUUGAACGGUCGUCUGUUGAAGGAGAGGCGCGAAAGCAUUGUCGAGCCGUUUCGAACGCCUGCAAUGGCAGGUGGGUUAUUUUCAAUGAAUAGAGAUUAUUUCUUCCAUUUGGGCAGCUACGACGAUCAAAUGCGUAUCUGGGGAGGGGAGAAUUUGGAAUUGUCAUUCCGAGCAUGGCAAUGCGGUGGCAGUAUCGAGAUAGCUCCUUGCUCUCACGUCGGUCAUCUCUUUCGAAAAUCCUCUCCGUACACCUUCCCGGGCGGUGUCGGUGAUAUCUUGUACGGCAAUCUUGUCAGAGUCGCCUCCGUAUGGAUGGAUCAAUGGGCGGAGUUCUAUUUCAAGUUUAAUCCUGAGGCAGCAAGAUUAAGAUAUAAGCAGCAAGUCCGCUCGAGAUUAGCUUUACGCGAGAAAUUGCAGUGUAAAAGUUUCGAAUGGUAUUUAGAAAAUGUGUGGCCCGAACACUUCUUCCCUACGGAUGACCGGUUCUUCGGCAAGAUAAUGCACGUUGCAACAGACCGAUGUCUUAUGCGACCGACUGCUAAAGGUUCUUAUACGCAACCGUCAGGACAUGCAGUCCUACAUUCAUGCAUAUUACGACCGAUGCUUAGCCAGAUGUUUGUGAUGACUAAAAGCGGAGUAAUAAUGACGGAUGAGAGCGUGUGCUUGGAUGCACCAGAACGAGAUACGCAGCAAAAAACGCCCAAAGUAAAGAUAAUGGCAUGUAGCGGUCGCGAUAGACAAAAGUGGCAAUAUGACGAAAAAACAAAGGUAUUUUUACACGUGCCUUCUGGAAUGUGCCUUCAAGCAACAACAGACGAUGAUACACCCGUGAUAGCGACGUGCACUAAGAAUGCCGAUCAACAAUGGAUUUUGAAGCCAGUUCUUUGGAGGAAUCCAUAAUAACUACGAUGUCAUUGUGUUAUUGACAAAUAGGAGAAUGGCAGUGCCUUAAUGAACUCUUAGUCUAUAAAUAAUAUUUUUACUACGACAUGCCAAACAAAGUAACAACUCGCACGCAUGUCUUUUUCAUAUCAAUGGAAAAAUAAUAUUUUUUUACUUUUAUAUUGAUAAAAUCACACACACACACACACACACAAGAACGAAUAGUUUUACUCUUUGACAAGGUUGUAUAAUCGAUAAGAAGAAAAUAACAGUGUUUGCCACUUUAA